UCCUUCUUUGUUCCUUUCUCUCUUUCUUACCUUAAUUCAUCAUGAGUUUGUCGAUUGCUGAUGUGUUUGAAGAUUAUAUUGAAAGUUUACAGAAUCUCCCUUUCGAAGUAGACCAAAACAUGCAGGAAUUACGAAGGAUGGAUGACGACUUACAAAAAUACAGAGAAGAAUAUCUAAAGAGCAAAAGAUUAUACAUGAAACAGUGUCGAUCAUCCUCAAACUCUAUCAAUUUAGCGCCAGCUCGAUUGCAGUUGGAACAUGAAUUCAAGACAGCAAUGCAGAAGCAAGAUCAGAAAAUUGAAUUGGCGAUGAAAAUGUAUGAUCUUGUAUCACGGCAUAUCGAACGACUUGAUUCGCAAGUGUUAAAGACAGGUAUCAGUGAGGCAGAUUGGGUACGAACGAGUGCUGUCAGAAAAGGUCCUUUGAGCCACAAGAAAAGGUCAUUGACAAUGACCUUGAUGGACGGGCCAAGAAAGAGAUUUCAUCAUUCUUCUCGACCAAGUCCUUCCGUCUUGGGUCAUUCCGCAAUGACAAAUGAGGUCGAAGUCGAUCCAAAUGAACCCGUUUACUGUUAUUGCAAUCAAAUCUCGUUUGGCGAUAUGAUUGCCUGUGAUGGUGAAAAUUGUGCCAGAGAAUGGUUUCAUUAUGCCUGUGUUGGCUUUGUAGAACCACCUGCAGGCAAAUGGUACUGCGAAGACUGUAAAGCAAAGCAAUAUCAGUACAAUAGCAGUAGCAGCAGCAGUAGCAGUGGUAGUGAUCACAAUUCUAGUGAUGAAGAAUAGAUAUAUGUACAUAGAGUACCUUUUUCUUUUAAUAUACACAUAAAUAUUCUAUGCAUUAAUAUUUAUU